AUGGAUGUUGAAACUUUAGCUGAUGUGGUAUUUCUCGUUGAAGGCUCAUCUGCCAACGGAGCCUAUAUUAAUGAACUGAAGACAAAUUAUAUUGUUCCAACGCUGGAACAUUUUAGCCAGGGACCCAUCGAGGAGCGCGAAUAUCUAAUAUCCGAACGCUACUCCACACAAUAUUGUGUAAUUGUUUAUCGGACAACAGCGAAUCUGUUGGAACCAAUUUGCACGACAUUUGGUCCAUAUGCUUCGCCACAAAAGGUAUUGGAUCUAUUCGACAGACUGCCAUUAGUGGGUGGCGGCAUGGAAUCCUGUGCAAAUUUGGCAGAAGGAUUUGCCACGGCUCAUGUUUGCUUCGACGACAUGAAGGAUCAUCGUUCGGGUCUGUGCAUUGAUGUAAAUCUCAAUACCCAAAAACAUUGCAUUCUAAUGUGCAACAGUCCCCCAUAUUUAAUGCCGGUAAUGGAUUGUUGGAAAUAUUCGGGUAAAACAGUGGAACAACUCGCUGCAUUAUUUCAUGAACGAAAGAUCAACCUCUCAAUAAUUGCUCCACGAAAAAUUCCCGUGCUGUUUAAGAUAUUUAUGAAAGCAGACGGCGAUCAGCCCCUGGCAGCUAAAAAUUAUGCCAAGAAUAUACGUCAUUUGGUGUUACUCAAAGGAUAUCAUCUUAAAGAACGUCCACAGAGUCCGAACAGUGCUGCCAAUGCGAUGGUGAAUCAAACAAAUCAAGUUGGUGGUCCCAACCAGGUGGUACAGCAGCAGCAACAACAGCAACAAGGUCAGCCCAAUGUCCAACAACAACAGAAUCAACAAAAUACUGGCAUGCAAAUGGACAAUUCCAUGGGCGCGGCCCAACAACAACAGCAGCAGCAGCAAAAUAUGCAACAGCAAGUGGCACAGAUGACUGCAAUGAAUCCGAACCAACAACCUGGAAAUCCACUCAACCAACAAAUGCUACAACAACAGCAAUUUAAUCAAAAUGCCAAUUUCCAAAAUCAGGGCAAUCGCUGGGUAUUCAAUCCGAAUCAGCAACAACAGCAGCAACCUCAAACACGCCCCCAAUUUAUUGGAGGACCAAAUGUUCCUGGUGGACCAAUGGUUAGCCCCAUGGGAGCUGUUAAUCAGGGUAUGCCUGGCCAGAAUUCGGCAUUGAUAUCGCAGCUAAGCGCUCCACCAAAUCAAAACAUGAAUCCCAUGUUGCAGCAGCAACAACAGCAGAUACGCAUGCAAAUGCUAAAUCAACAACAACAGCAGCAAAUGCAACAGCAAUUACAACAACAACAGCAGCAGCAACAAAAUGUAAUGAACCCAAACAUGAGCGUAUCUGGACCUGGUCCGAAUCCGCAACAGCAGGUAUCUGUUGCUAACAAUCAGCCAAAUACAUCAAUGGCCAAUCAACAAAACCCCAAUAAACCCUCUGAACCGGCAGGAAUGAGAGAUACGAUCUGGUCGGGCACCCUAGAAUGGGUGGAAAAAAGUAAAUCGGAUCAACAGAAGAUGACUAGAACACUUCAGUGCACAGUUACAGCGAACAUAAAGGAUGGAGAACCUGAAAUUAAGGCUGUCAAUUGGCCAUCGAAGCUGCUCAUGCAAUUGAUGCCCAAACAUCUAGUGGGCAACAUAGGAGGACAAUUCCUGAAAGAAUCAAAAAUGGUCGUAUUUAAGCCACAGCCUUGUGAGGCAUUAGAUGCUCUGGCUAAAAAUAUGGCCACAAUAUUUGCUGGGUGUGUUCACUUCACAACUCCGGCAAAUACACCACCCUGUGAAAUCAAAGUGUUGAUUCUUCUCUAUACAGCCGAUAAAAAUGCAUUCCUGGGCUUUAUACCCAACAAUCAGUCGCUGUUUGUUGAACGGUUGCGUAAAGCCAUACAGCAGAAACAAUCGAUGGGCAUGCAGCAGACAGCAACUGGAGCCGGAGGACCACCUAAUAAUAUGCAACAGCAGCAACAACAACAACAGCAAAUGCAAAAUCCAAUGGCUGGACAAAUCAAUACCAUGGGUCCGGGUGGCAUUAAUCCCCAACAGCAACAACAAGACCCAAACCAGCAACAGCAGCAACAACAACAUCAAUUCAAUCAAUACAAUCCGCAGCAACAGAUGAGUAUGCAAAUGGCUGGAGGUCCCAUGAAUCAGCAAAUGAUGGGCGGUCCACCCAUGGGUGGGGGUCCAGAUCAAAUGGUCGGUAAUAAUCCAAUGCAACAACAAAUGUCAAUGAUGCAACAUCAACGUAUGCCCAUGAUGGCGGGUGGAAAUCCGAACCAGCCACAACAGCAACAAAUGGCACCGCAACAACAAAUGCAACGUAUGGUACGACCAAUGAUGAACAACAACAAUCCAGGCCUUAGGCAUUUAUUGCAACAGCAAUCAACUCCUGGACAGCAAUUUCGUCCACAAAUGGGUGGCGGUGGCCCGGGGGGUGUACCCGGUAUGGGUGGCGGUAUGCCGAAUCCAAAUCAAAUGGCUGGUGGUCCCGGUGGUCCAAAUCGACCAUUCGACGAUAAUAGUUUUGAUUUUAUGUAA